GCACAAGAAGCCACGUGAUAACAAAUUCUGGUCACGUGGUUAAAUUUUUGGGCAUCAAAGAGCCCCGCACUGGAGCUCCGGCUUCUUGAAAUUCAGUCUCUAAGUGUUUUCCCUUUCACGUCUCUUUACUGAUAGAGGCAAUGCCUCAUGAUACCAUGUUUCUCCAACGACAAGAUAUUUCCGAAGCGAUGAAGAGCGCCCUUACGAGGAUCAGGGAACUUAUCCUGGCCGAGAAGGUCAGCACAGAGGAAAAGAGGCAAGGGGGAUGGAAAUAUGGCGGUAAAGAGCUUGAAUUCGAGAUGAGACUAUUGAAUGAUGCAAUGGAUAGCAAGUACAAAGUGCUUGACUCUAAUGUAUUUCAUUUCGUGAACGGCGCGAUUAUCCACAAUCCCACGAAAAGUCUAGUCAUGAUCCCACUGAAUGGAACCCCUAAACUCAACUCUGGCGAACCUCUUUUACUCGACACUUCUUAUUAUACCGAGGAAAGGCAGUUGCUUUUUGGUGAGCAAUGGGAUAUCAUACUAGCUGCGAUGGAGAAGGACACGCCAUGAGAGCAAGGGGAAUUCAGCCAGUGCAUGUGGAAUAGCUUGGAAUACAUGCAAGAGCGUUUUGUACUGCGAUCGGUAUUUCGUCUGUUAAUAGCGGAGAAGGAGAUGGAUCUUCUGGUGGCCCAUAGAGAUGGAGUCGGUCAGCAGGGUUGACUCCUAUGUAGGUUCUGGGUACUUCUUGCGGGUCAACAACAUGCGGAUACCCGAACGGAACGCAAUUCUGCAACAAUGGUGACCUCGUAUCUCGUGCGAUAAGUAUACACGG